AGCACACCUGUGGUUGUGAAAAUAGUAUAGUAAAAAAAGAAAAAUCCCCAGUUAUCGAUGUACUAGAUUUGUGUAUGUCUUUUAAACAGUUCUAGUUUCCACCUUACACGGAAUAAUCAGGAAACGUGUACAAAUUCAAAAGUGAAAUAAAAAAUUUUAUCAGUUAGUUGCCUGUGUAUUGAUGUGUGGCACCAUUUCUAUCACUACCAGAAUUAGCUAACUUUUUUUUUAUCACACUCAUUUUAGGCUCUACUCUUUCUUUAAAAGUAGGCAACAGCUUUAUGUCAUCCUUUAGAACUUGAAGUCAAGGUGUUGUCAAAGGAAAGAAAUUACCAUUAAUACAAAGCCUACCCACCUUAUAUAAACCACUUUAGGUCUUUGGGAGCUUCUAAAAUUUGGUGAUGCCAGUGGAUUUUGCAUCCCAUUCAAGUCUCUUCCCUCCUUCUCCCCCCUCCCCCUCCUUUUUUUUUUUUUUUAAACCCUGAGAUGUAACCAAGACAGAUGGUUACAUAAGGCCUGGUCAUCUCCAAAGUAAUAGUCUGUCAUCUGUCUCAACACUAUGGUAGCCAGCAGCUCUGUGUAUCCUCAUGGGGUUUCCCACAAGGAAAGGAAAAUGAUUGGGAGGAGGGAGUAAUUUCUAGCCCAAGAUUAGAAUUGAUUCGUGCCUUCUUGCUACUGUCGGCUGGGCAGUCAGACCAGCUCCUGCCCCUGGUUCUGGACCUGUUCCACCUUUCAGAGACACACCCAGCCAAAGGUCAGUGGGACCUGCUUUGUUGCAGCAGGGAAAUCUGGAGGGUCCGCCCCUCCUAGAGGCCAGGUGAAGUACUGUCCGACAUGGAUUGGAAUUCUUCGGAAAUGACUCUACCGCACAGAUCGAAUCUGCAAACUCAAGAUUGCUGGAAGGGUCUUGCUGCUCCGCUUGGGACCACCGCCCUAACUGCAUCGGGACCUCACUGUUCCUUAGAGUAAGUUGGUGAGCCUUCCUAGUGGUGUGCAGGUGGAAUGGAUCCUUAAUGAGAAAGAGGUGGGCAGGGAAUAUCCCAGGGAAAGGUCUAUGCAAACUACAUAGGAGGCAGUGUCGAAGAACGCCUUAGUGGGCUCGAAUUCCCACGUGGAGCCUUCAGCCCCAAGUCACAAAGCUGGUUCCAGAGGGUGGGGCUAGAUUGGGCUGACUUGAGAAAAAGACUUUCAGCUGGCUAGGUACACGCCUUUGAAAAUAGCCAGGCAUCCCGCUCCAAAAUGCUCUUGUUUGUAAUGCAAACAGGAUGUACGGUCUCCUUUAAUCCUUGCGAAGCGGGAGUUUACAAAGAUGGGAAUCAUAACAUUGGGGAUUACAACUCAGGUUCAGGCCCUCCCAGAGAGCUCAGCUCCACCCCAGGCCAGGUGAGGGCUCUCCCGCCUCCGGAGGCUUCUAGAACGCUGAGGGGUCCCAGGUGGGGCCCUAAGAGGGGAGGAGCCGGAGCGUGGGUGAUUGGCACGCGGGCGCCGAAGGGUGGUAAAAAAAGGGGCGGCCGCGCAGGGACGGAGAGUCCCUUGCUUCCUGCGCGCCCGCCGCCGCCGAGGUUCCCGCCCGAGUGACGCACGCGGGGCGCGGGGGCCGGCACCUCGUCCCCCCGCCCACCAUGAACGCCAGCGGCCCGGGCUUCCCGCUGGCCUCGCUCUACGUGGGCGACCUGCACCCUGACGUGACCGAGGCUAUGCUGUACGAGAAGUUCUCGCUUGCCGGGCCCAUCCUGUCCAUCCGCGUGUGCCGCGACGUGGCCACCCGCCGCUCGCUGGGCUAUGCCUACAUCAACUUCCAGCAGCCGGCCGACGCGGAGCUGGCACUGGAUACAAUGAACUUUGAGGUUAUCAAAGGCCAACCCAUUCGCAUCAUGUGGUCCCAGCGAGACCCAGGACUUCGAAAGUCGGGUGUGGGCAACAUCUUCAUCAAGAACCUGGAGGAGUCCAUUGACAACAAGGCCUUAUAUGAUACCUUCUCCACCUUUGGAAACAUCCUGUCUUGCAAGGUGGUGUGUGAUGACCACGGCUCCCGAGGCUUUGGCUUUGUCCAUUUUGAGACCCGUGAGGCUGCGCAGCAGGCCAUCAGCACCAUGAAUGGGAUGCUGCUGAAUAACCGCAAAGUCUUCGUCAGCCACUUCAAGUCCCGACAGGAGCGGGAGGCUGAGCUGGGGGUUCGGGCCAUGGAGUUCACCAACGUCUAUGUGAAGAACCUGCAAAUGGACAUAGAUGAGCAGGGCCUGGAGGAGCUCUUCUCCCAGUUUGGGAAGACGCUGAGUGUGAAGGUGAUGAGGGAUGACAGCGGCCACUCCCGAGGCUUUGGCUUUGUCAACUUUGAGAAGCAUGAGGAAGCCCAGAAGGCUGUGAUGGACAUGAACGGGAAGGAGGUGAGAGGACAGCUGCUCUAUGUGGGCCGUGCCCAGAAGUGGGCGGAGCGGCAGAAUGAGCUUAAGCGAAAGUUCCAGCAGAUGAAGCAGAUGAAGCAGGACCGGCUGAACCAUUACCAGGGCGUGAACCUGUAUGUGAAGAACCUGGAUGACUCCAUUGAUAAUGAGAGGCUGAGGAAAGAGUUCUCUCCCUACGGCGUGAUCACCAGUGCCAAGGUGAUGACAGAGGGUGGCCACAGCAAAGGGUUUGGCUUUGUGUGUUUUUCCUCUCCAGAAGAGGCAACGAAGGCCGUGACGGAGAUGAACGGGUGCAUCCUGGGUACCAAGCCGCUGUACGUGGCGCUGGCUCAGCGCAAAGAUGAGCGGAAGGCUAUCUUGACCAACCAGUUCAUGCAGCAGCGCCUCUCCAACGUGUGGGCCCUGGGUGGCCCCCUCUUGGGCUCUUUCCAGCAGCCCGUGAGCUACUUCCUGCCCACCGUGCCCCAGCCUCCAGCCCAGGCUGCGUGCUAUGGCUCUGGCCCACCUGUCCAGCCUGCCCCCAGGUGGACGGCCCAGCCACCUAGACCCUUGAUACCACAAGCCCCCUACUCUCCAGCUGCCUCAGUGGCCUGGCCACCAGCCACGUCUCAGCACUCCCCGACCCACAUCAGCAGUGUCAAGAAGGCCUCUACCCAGGAGCCACCCCAGAUGUCCUACACCCAAACAGUGGCCAACAUUGGUACCCAGACCUCUGGCCUUGGUGAGGCAGGAUGCUCUAUGCCAAGUGGGCCUCUCCUGACACAGAGAUAUUCCUUGGAGACACCCAACACCCAUGAGGUCCAGGAGCCUGCUGUGUGCAUCCCCGGACAGGAGCCCCUGACCGCGUCCAUGCUGGCCGCAGCACCACUGCACAAGCAAAAGCAGAUGAUAGGUGAGCGUCUCUACCCCCUUAUCUACAAUGUCCACACCCAGCUGGCGGGCAAGAUCACAGGCAUGCUGCUGGAGAUCGACAACUCAGAACUGCUGUUCAUGCUGGAGUCUCCAGAGUCCCUCAAUGCCAAGGUACAAGAGGCUUUGGCAGUGCUUCAUCAGGCUCACCAGACCAUGGAGGAAGAGCAGAUGAAAGUGAAUGUAACUGAAACCAGACCUCAAGAAGAGAAAGUCAGUCAGUCAUGACUGGAUGUCACCACUAAACCUGCCUCAAAUCAGAUAAAAUGGGACCACGACCUAAGCUGAAGAAUUGUUGUGAGGAGGAAAUGAGUCUCUGGAGGUGCAUGCAGGGGUUGGCCAGCGGUUGGGGCCAGGAACCUGAGUGGUGACAUCCACUUAGGUAUCAACUGUGCUAAGAGAACUGAAGUGAGCCAAAGAGAACUCAAGGUGAUGCACACAGGGCAAAUGCAUGAGGUGGGGCAUGGAAAUGAUGUCCAGGAUGUGGUAUAAUUUCAGUCACAAUGGAUGGAAAAUUCAAUGUUGUAUAGUUGUCAGUCCUCUAAGUUAAAUCGAUAGAUUAAAUGUAAUCCCAAACAAAAACACAAGAUACUCUUGGGAAUCUGUCAAAAUGAUCCCAUGGUUUAGCUAGAAGAACAAGUCUGGGAAAAUAGCCAGGGCUGCUCGGAUGGAGGAGGAGGAGGAAGAGACCAGCCUACAAGAUAUUACAAAGCAACAGUAAUUAAAACUGUGACACACACACAUGUGCAUGGAAAUGGGUUGCUAGAGGUCUCCAGCAACAUGAGGUGAGCAGGGCCAGAGAAAGAGGAGCGAGGAGAUGCUGCAGCCCUCUUGUUCAGGUUAGCCUGGCGGACCGAGGCACCCUUGUUCCCAUCAGCCAGAAAAACCACAGGUCCAAAACUUAAGCUUUCAGUUUGAAAGUUCUCUUUUCAACUCAUUAGGCAGUAAACCCUGGCCUGAACCGACAUGAGGCUAGUCUUUUUUUUUUUUGGUUAAUCCUCACCCGAGGAUAUUUUUUCCAUUGAUCUUUUAGAGUGGAAGAAAGAGGGAGAGACAGA